UUUUCAGUUCAUUAAUGUAACUUUGGUGUAGUAGUGUAACCAGAUAUUGAGAUUAACGUGAAUUUUGAGUGACAGCAGUACCCUCUUUCAUAGUAGCUAGUGGCCAUACGUAGGUUUAUUACUUAAAGUGCCAUCAAAUUUAGUUCCUUACUGGCUAGCUUCAAAUUAAGGCAUGUAAGAAUUGUUUUCCAGCACUUGACAAACCUUCCGGCCAUUAACCCAUGUAGGCUCACACUGUUCUAUCUCAGCUCCACAGCUCUUAAUGAUUACCAAACUUUUGAUUUUUACCAAGUUUAUGGUAAAUUUUUGCUUGACUUGGUUUUUUUUCUCUAGUAAAAUGACUGGUGUUCUAAAUAAUGUGUCCCAUAUUGGUAAUGGGACUCCGAAUGCUUCUAUCAAAGUGGAGGCGUUAUUCCGAGUGUCCAAAAAACCGAAAUUGGAGCCAGGUCAUGAGGAACACCGGAAAGAUGUAAAACCAGCAAAUCAAAAAACAAAGAAGGAAGCCUCAUCCCCUUCAAAGGGUAAAAAGCAAGAGAAGCCUGAAGAGGAAGUAUGGAGGUGGUGGGAAGAGCAGAAAAAAGAUGACGGUGUUAAGUGGCGAUUCCUAGAACACAAGGGUCCUCUAUUUGCCCCUCCAUAUGAACGUUUGCCUAGCUCUGUGCAUUUUCAUUAUGAUUCUAAACCUAUGAGGUUAUCAGACCACGCAGAAGAAGUUGCAGGGUUUUAUGCACGUAUGCUGGACCAUGAGUACACCACGAAAGAUGUAUUCAAUCACAACUUCCGGGAUUGGGUAAAAACAAUGAAUGAAGAGGAACGUUGGACUAUUAAGUCUCUGAGCAAGUGCGAUUUCCGAGAAAUGCACCAAUAUUUUCUCAAACUAAGUGAAGAAAGAAAAAACCGGUCCAAGGAAGAAAAUUUACAAAUUCAGAACGAAUACGGCUACUGCAUAUUAGACGGUCACAAACAAAGAAUUGGGAAUUUUCUCAUUGAACCACCAGGUUUAUUUCGAGGACGUGGUAAUCAUCCCAAGAUGGGCAUGCUUAAAAAACGCAUUAUGCCAGAAGAUGUUAUUAUUAACUGUUCAAAAGACUCAAAGGUCCCAGCUCCUCCAAAAGGUCACAGGUGGAAGGAAGUUAGACAUGAUAACACAGUCACUUGGCUAGCAUGCUGGACUAAAAACAUCCAAAAUAGCUUUAAAUAUGUUAUGCUUAACCCAUCCUCUCGCUUAAAGGGUGAAAAAGACUGGAAGAAAUAUGAAACUGCCCGUUGCCUGGACAAAAUCAUUGACAAAAUCAGAGCAGAUUAUAGGGCUGAUUUCAAACACAAGGAAAUGAGAAUACGACAAAGAGCGGUGGCACUAUAUUUUAUUGAUAAGUUGGCUCUUCGUGCUGGUAACGAGAAAGACGAAGACGAAGCAGAUACCGUGGGUUGUUGCUCACUUCGUUAUGAGCAUAUUAAACUACAUGAAGAGUUCAAUGGUCAGCCUUAUGUGGUGGAAUUCGACUUCCUGGGUAAAGAUUCAAUUCGCUAUCAAAAUGCGGUUUCCGUUCCUAAACGUGUUUUCAAGAAUGUCAAGUUGUUCCUGAAAAACAAGAAAGAAAAUGACGAUUUAUUUGAUCGACUUAAUACAACAGUUCUAAAUCAGUACUUACGGGAACUUAUGGAAGAACAGUUGGAAAAGCUUACAAAUCCUGACGAUCCUCCUCAUGCUAAGCUUCUUGCGUACAAUCGAGCGGUUGCUGUCCUAUGUAAUCAUCAACGUUCAGUCCCAAAAUCCUUCGCCAAAUCUAUGGAAAAUUUACAGAAGAAGCUUCAAACUCCUUAGAAUAGAAAAUUAACCUUCAUCUCUUCAUCUCAUUUUUAUCCAUAUUCGUGAAGUGUUCCAAAUGUACCCAUCUUUCAAAUGGUUACCAUAUUUAGUGUGAGCUACUGUUCUGAUCUGUUGCCGAAUUGUGGGGAUAACUGUUUAGAUUCCUAGCUUGCUACACCAGAAAUUUUCAUAGUUUCCUAGGGACUAAUGGAGUUAGUUUCUUCAGUAUUCGUUGGCAAAUACCAACUCCACAACCUUGAACAACUGCGAACUGCAGUGCUCAGGAAGAAGGAAGCACAAAUCUUUUGAAAAUUUCCAAUAUCUUUGUUUUGAAAUCAGUCCCAGUUUGAGUGAACGUUAGAAUUCAAAACAUCCAAGAUUUACCGUUUCAAGUAUCUCAGCAAAUUUUUUGAAAACCUACACUGCAUUGCCAAAAGAGUAGCUUUAAUUGUAUAUACGCCGAUUUUUAAUUUAGUUGUAUUCUAAUUUGAAACAACUUUGAUCUAUUUAAUUACUCCUAGAGAAGUCUUUAGAAUAUGGUUCCAUUAUAAUACAUCUGGAUGUACAGAACAGUACAUGAACAGUUGUCGCGUUUUAAGAAUUUCAUAUACGCACUUACAGCUGUAACAUUCGCGACUGGCUGCAUCAGUGCUUGUAUCGUGCAUUUUCCCACUAAUAAAUUAGAUCAUUGGUUUCCAUAUCUAAGCUCAUUUGAAUUUUGAAAACCAGAUAUUCAUAUUUCAUUGAUGAAUUAAAACACUAAUGAGACCUCCUGUGAAGUAUCUCUGAAGAUUUUCUAACAGACUAGCACACUAGCCACCUUAUUUGCUAGCACCAAAGGCAUUUAACAAGUAUAUUAUGACGCAUAUGAGUAAAUGAAUGAAUUAUUACCGUAGAACCUUACGUG